GCUGCUCCUCCCGACCCGCCCGGCCAGUCCUGCCGCCCGCUGCCUCCGCCAGACAUGACACAGGACUACGACAAUAAAAGACCCGUGUUGGUUCUUCAGAAUGACUCUCUCUACUCUCAGAGACGUCCUUACACCAAUGAAGAUGAGGCCUGGAAAACUUUUCUUGAAAAUCCCCUCACAGCAGCUACCAAAGCUAUGAUGAGCAUCAAUGGGGAUGAAGACAGUGCAGCUGCCCUCGGACUGCUCUAUGAUUACUACAAGGUUCCAAGGGAGAGGAGAUCUUCAACAGCCAAGCCUGAGGUAGAACAUCCUGAACAAGACCAUAACAAAAGGAACAGCAUCCCAAACGUGACAGAACAAUCGCUCAUUUCUGCUGGAGAAAACAGGGUCCAGGUUCUGAAAAAUGUGCCUUUCAAUAUUGUACUUCCACACACCCCCCAGAUGGGCAUGGACAAGCGAGGCCACCUCACGACCCCUGACACGACGGUGACGGUUUCCAUUGCCACCAUGCCCACGCACUCCAUCAAGACGGAGACGCAGGCGCACGGCUUUGCUGUGGGCCUCCCGCCCGGUGUGUACCACCCCGAGCCGCCCGAGCGCGUGGUGGUCUUCGACAGGAACCUCAACCCCGAGCAGUUCAGUUCCAGCACACAGCCCCAGAACUCGCAGAGGCGAACGCCAGACUCCACCUUCUCGGAGACCUUCAAGGAGGGUGUGCAAGAGGUUUUCUUUCCUACUGAACUGAAUCUCCGAAUGGCCAACAUGAAUUCAGAAGAUUAUGUUUUUGACAGCAUUUCUGGGAAUAACUUUGAAUACACUCUGGAAGCCUCCAAGUCCCUCCGACAGAAGCCUGGGGACAGCACAAUGACUUACCUGAAUAAAGGUCAAUUUUACCCAAUCACGCUGAAAGAAGUCAGCAGCACUGAAGGAAUCCACCACCCCAUCAGUAAAGUUCGAAGUGUCAUUAUGGUUGUGUUUGCUGAAGACAAAACAAGGGAAGAUCAGCUCAGGCACUGGAAAUACUGGCACUCAAGACAGCACACAGCCAAACAAAGAUGCAUUGACAUAGCUGACUAUAAGGAGAGCUUCAACACCAUCAGCAACAUUGAGGAGAUUGCCUACAAUGCAAUAUCCUUCACCUGGGACAUCAACGAGGAAGCAAAGGUUUUCAUUUCUGUCAACUGCCUCAGCACAGAUUUUUCCUCUCAGAAGGGAGUUAAAGGCCUGCCCCUCAAUCUUCAGAUCGACACUUACAGCUACAAUAACAGGAGUAACAAACCUGUCCACAGAGCCUACUGCCAAAUUAAAGUCUUCUGCGACAAGGGAGCAGAGAGGAAGAUCAGGGAUGAAGAGCGAAAGCAGAGCAAAAGAAAAGGAAAGUGCACUGAUCCCAGCUCUCAGUUGAAUGCCUUUUCUGAUGUCAAAGUGCCCAUGCUCCCCUCACACAAACGCACUGAUAUCACCAUCUUCAAGCCCUUCAUGGACCUCGACACUCAGCCUGUCCUGUUCAUCCCUGAUGUUCACUUUGCAAACCUGCAGCGUGGGGCUCAUGUCCUUCCUGUUGCUUCGGAAGAACUAGAGGGUGAAAGCUCCAACCUGAAGAGAGGAGCUUAUAUUGGUGAAGAGGACUUUAUUGCUACUCCAAAUAAGAUGGCCAGAGUAGAAGAGCCAAAAAGAGUGCUGCUGUAUGUCCGAAAAGAGUCAGAGGAGGUCUUUGAUGCACUGAUGUUGAAGACACCAUCUCUGAAAGGCCUCAUGGAAGCUAUAUCUGACAAGUAUGAUGUUCCUUUUGAUAAAAUAGGAAAGAUCUUCAAAAAAUGUAAAAAAGGAAUUCUGGUCAACAUGGAUGAUAACAUUGUGAAACACUAUUCUAAUGAAGAUACCUUCCAGCUGCAGAUUGAGGAGGUUGGAGGAUCUUACAAGCUGACUUUGACUGAGAUCUAAGAUCACAGAUCACUGUGGAUUUUAAACAAAGGUCUCAAGUGAACAUUUUCCCAUAAUUCAGUAUG